AUGGAAGGCAGUAUUAUACAGCUAAAAAUAUUCUGCAACAAUGCUAUUUCUGAAUUAUAUUGCAUUGCAUUUCGAAUUGCUGGCGUACAUGUGAAUGCUAAUUUGACUCAUCGUUUUAAUGAUAUGCAAUGGAAUCGAGUUGAAUUAAUCAUAUGCGUAUUACUUACAACAUUGCUUGGCAUAACAUUAUUUGGUGGGAUUGCAUUAUGGAAAGUAUGUUGGAAAAAGGAAAAAAGUAAACUCGUCUCAACGAUGCAGAUGCAAUUUCUCUAUCAUAUGAAACAGCAACAGGUAUAUAUGCAGGAGCAAAUAGCUUCAAUAAAAGCAAGCAUUGAACGACAUCCAACGUUUGAGAAUGAAACUGACCAGUGUCCAACAAAUGUUGGAAUACAGAAGAGGAAACUAUACUUUAGUGCUGAUUUCUUCGAACCUGAGCUAAUGGCUAAUCCCCCGGUGUUAGCUGUGCAAUUUGUAUACGAACUACGGAAGAUGAUUGAUAUAGCCAAGGAUCGUAUUCGGAUGAAACGACAUGUUCCGACUCUAACAACCAUUUCAGAAGAUAGCGAAAGCGAUGAAUAUUUAGAAAUACCUCGACCACCAAGUCGAAUGAAUGAACGUAUUGAUGAGCUUUCACCAAAAUCUCUAAAUUCAGUGGAUUCUGGAUGUGACUCGAUGAGUGAUGAAGAUGUUCAAAAUCAAAAAGUAUUAACUCAAGAUCAGGAACAAGAAUCAGAGCAAAUACGGAAAACGGAUAAGAAUGGAAAGUGGAAUGAGAAUGAGUCAGAAAGAAAAAGAAAAGAAAAUGAAAACAUGCAACCGAAUUCCUGUCAUCAAAAAGUCCGGCAAUGUACAAUAAUACCAAAUAAAGUCAACAAUUUGAUGCCACGACCAGUCACUAAAGUUGUACAAAUUUCUAGGAUACCUACUACCACAUCACCAUCUCGAGUAACCUUAGUGACAACAACACAACGGCUUAAUCCAAAACCUUUUUUAUCGACUGAUUUAUCCAAAGCAAUUUAUGAUCGACAAAAUGGUGCGAAUGCAUUAAUGGAAAAUGCCAUUUCAUCUACUGCAUCCAAAUUACCAAAUUUGGUAUCAAUAAAACGUGAACCACCAAAUCUGAAACGUAUUCUGAAUAACGUGCCACCACCCUUACCUGAAACUACUCCACCAAGUACGCCACCACCAUGUCGUAAUCGAUUAUAUAGCGGUCGGCGGAAAGCUUAUGCUGUUUUUCCAAACAGUGAUUUGAUGCUUAAAAAGUCAUUACCACGGCGAUCAAAACGACAACAAAGAUUUGGAACUGCUACUGCAGUUGCUGUGCAAACAACAUUAUCAUUAUCACCUCCGCUACCAGUACCAUCAUCCUCAUCAACAUCGGUGUUGCAAUCAUCACCACAGUCAUCAUCAUCGUCAUUAUCAUCAUCUUCAUCAUCAUCAUCAACAUCAUCAUCAUUAUCUUGUGUAUCAUCCACUACGUAA